UUUAAACACAAAUAUUUUGAAAACUAUAAUUCUAAAUCUGGAGAACUUCCUGGAUCCGUCCACAUGAUUCAAAUUUCAAAAAUAUGGUGCUAUUUGAAAUGUGAUUUUGCCAACAAUGAAACAACGAAUUUGGGGAAUAAAAGUUUUCAUGUGUGAACGCGCACUGGCGAAUUAUCCAUUGUGAAUGUUUAUGUCGAAGAAGAAUUUGAGUGCAUACGGUUUUUAGACCAAGGAUUGGAUACGAAGAGAAGAAAGUUUAGGAUUCAAUUUGAGAAAGGCUUUCCAAAUGGAUUUAUUCAUCGCUGAUAUGAGGGUAUUUAGCAUAAAGUAACUUUGACAAUUAUAGGAAUUGUUUUUAGUCGACAAAAAUAAAAUAUAUGUUACAGAUGACACCUUAAAUGCAUUGUUUUAUAUAUGUGAUUGUCAAAUCUUUUUCGUGCGAUUCUUGCUGAUUCUGGUUUCGCUAUCAUUUGGAGAAUGUUUUUAUGUGCCGGGUGUUGCGCCCGUCGAAUUUUCUAUGGGUCAAAAAAUCGAUGUUAAAGCUGUUAAAAUGACAAGUAGUCGAACUCAAUUGCCUUACCAGUAUUACUCACUUCAAUUCUGCUUGCCUAAAAAUGGUACUUUAAUAUAUAAAUCAGAAAAUUUAGGUGAAGUUCUUCGCGGCGAUCGUAUAGUAAAUACACCUUAUGAAGUGCGUAUGGCUGAAAACAUUAAUUGUAAGUUACUAUGUCACAAAAAGGAUCAACCCAUGAAUUGGAACAAAGAUCAAUCAGCCAUAGUUGCAGAGAGGAUACGUCAUGAGUAUUUCGUUCAUUUACUGGUUGAUAACUUGCCUGUAGCUACUAGAAUCUCAAAUGUUAAUAAUCUCAAUGAAAUAACUUACGAGCAUGGGUAUCGUUUGGGUCAAAUUGAGGGUGAAAAUAUAUAUAUUAACAAUCACCUAAAAUUUAUUAUAUCAUACCAUAUGCACACAAAAGGCAAAUACCGCGUAGUUGGUUUUGAAGUUGAGACCGCUUCAGUCAAUUAUAAAGACAUAAAAUUCGAGGGUGAUUCUUGUAAUUUUCCGGAUAAUGCAAGACCACAAUCGGUAAAUCCGAUUUCAAAUACGAAAUUGUAUUUUACUUAUUCUGUGGAAUGGAAGGAAUCCAAAGUUAGCUGGGCUUCUAGAUGGGACAUAUACCUUGGAAUGAAAGACGUUCAAAUUCAUUGGUUUAGCAUUAUCAACUCGCUCGUGGUCGUAUUUUUCCUUUCAGGUAUAUUAACUAUGAUUAUGAUACGGACUCUUCGUCGAGAUAUCGCACGCUACAACACUGAUGACAACAUAGAGGACACGCUAGAGGAAACGGGAUGGAAAUUAGUGCAUGGUGACGUCUUUCGUCCUCCUAGAAAUACGCGUCUGUUUUCUGCAGUUAUCGGCAGCGGAAUACAGAUAUUUUUCAUGGCAUUAAUAACAAUAUUUUUCGCUAUGCUUGGGAUGUUGUCACCGUCUUCCCGAGGAGCUUUAAUGACUUCAGGCAUUUUUAUGUACGUUUUCAUGGGAACAAUUGCUGGAUACUUUGCUGCACGUCUUUAUAAAACUAUGAAAGGACGAGAAUGGAAACGUUCGGCGUUUCUAACAGCUACUUUAUACCCUGGAAUUGUUUUUGGAACCGGGUUUAUACUAAAUUUUUUUAUAUGGGACAAACAUUCAAGUGGCGCGGUUCCAUUCACUACAAUGAUUUCGUUACUGCUUUUGUGGUUUGGAAUAUCAGUUCCUUUGGUGUAUUUAGGCUACUACUUUGGCUAUCGAAAGCAGCCAUAUCAACAUCCUGUCCGGACCAAUAUGAUACCAAGACAAGUGCCCACACAGCACUGGUACAUGAAUGUUGUGCUUAGUACAUUAAUGGCUGGAAUUUUACCUUUCGGAGCGGUUUUCAUUGAAUUGUUUUUCGUUUUCACUGCUAUUUGGCAAAAUCAGUUCUAUUAUUUGUUCGGUUUUCUCUUUCUCGUAUUUUGUAUCUUAGUUGUGAGCUGUGGCCAAAUAUCAAUUGUUAUGACAUAUUUUCAAUUAUGUGGAGAGGAUUACCGCUGGUGGUGGCGAAGCUUUAUCGUUUCUGGUGGUUCAGCUGUAUAUGUGUUAUUUUACAGUGUUUUCUAUUUUUUUACUAAACUGGAAAUUACUGAAUUUAUUCCUACGCUCUUAUACCUAAGUUAUACAGGUAUUAUGGUACUAACAUUUUGGCUGCUGACCGGAACAAUUGGAUUUUUUUCCGCUUAUAGCUUUAUUCGAAAAAUAUACGGGGCAGUUAAAAUCGAUUGAUUUUUCAACCGCUUAUUGAAUGUAAAAAAAUAAUUAUAGAUUUGUAGUCGACAUAUAAAAGAUAUAUGUUUCGAAUUAAAAAUUAAUUUAUGACUAUUAGUGUAUAUUUAAAUUUAGUUGACUAUUAUGCUAGGAUUUGAUUAAUUGUAUCCUUCUUAUAUUUAUUUCACUAAGCAGUAAUGAAAAAAUGGUUAAUUUAAUUUAAUUGCAAAUAUUUAUUUCCAUAUUUGUAAGUAUUAUAAUAAGUCAAAUCGUUUUUAUGCGUAUAUGCUCAAUAAUUUUGGUUGGCAUUGUGAUAUUGAGCACCUUGGCUGCAUAAAAUAUAUGUAUAUGUAAAAUAUCAAAUGACCGAAACUAGAACGAAAA